AUGGUCGACACAGCAUCUGCUCUGGAUAGAUUCCUGAACUGGAUAGUGUCCACUCAAAAUUUACCAAACUUUGACUAUGCCAUUUUGUUUUCUGGAUACAAUCUAACCUAUGGCGGUUCAGCUUCGAAUACAGGUUUGUCUUAUCCUUCUUCAGUUUGCCAAAAUAUCUCGCUGAUGGCCACUACUAUGGGAGGACCGGUCGCUGUAGUCGAGGAAUCAUUUUCUGAUAUAAGAUCAAUUGGCAUUGCAGCACAAGAACUUGGCAGAAGCCUUGGUGCAAGAAAAGAUUUUGAUGGUAACAACUGUUUUCCAUUCGAACUGAACAUUAUGACUUCAAAAUUUACUUUUCCGAGUAAAAGUAAAGCUCCAAAUUUAUGGAAAUUUUCCUCGUGUUCCAUUGACUACUUUGAGAAGUACAUCACAGAUCUUCUAAAUAUGUAUGCUUUACAAGGGUCGGACUUUGGUUCAGUAUGUUACGGGGCGUAUUGUUAUGUACCACAGUCCCAGAUAUGUAGCCUGAUGCUUCCGGGAGAUGGAACUCUGUGUAGUAACAAAUCUAUAUGCUUUGAAGGACGAUGUUCUUUUGCUGAAAGAGCCAAUGAAACGCUAGGAUGCGAAUAUGGUGAUAGAUGGUCGUUGUGUAAUGCAAGCCUGUGUGCUACGUACGAUAAUUAUACACGAGAUGUCCGCUGUUGUCGUAAAUGUAGUAUAAAACCAUAUUCGAAGUCUUCUAUUCUAACAUCGACUGCAACGGAACCUACAACGGAAAUGGAAGUGACUUCAGUUACUUUCGGAACACCAGAUUCCGAAAUGUUUACAGACAGAAUCACAACAGAUACGACAGAAUUAAACACAUGUUGUAAAGUAGCUUAUAUCUAA